GUAACAUUGUAUUAGAUGUAAAAGCAAAUUCUGCCAUCAAGGAUGCUCCUCCUACAGCAAGAAGGCAAGCUCAAGUCUGCACAGAAGGGUCAUGAGUCACUGAAGAAGAAAUCUGAGGCUCUUAAGAAAGUAUUUAGGCAAGUUACGAUCAAGAUUUUUGAGACAAAUAAAAGAAUAGGGGCUCAUUUCACCCAAGCUAUGCUCUCUCUUGCUGGAGCAAAUUUUGCAGCUGGUGAUUUUCAAGGGGCUGUAACUGACCAAGUGAAGAGUAAAAGCAGCGCUCGUCUCACAGUCUCUGGUGAUAAUAUCGCAGGAGUUCAUCUUCCAAAAUUCUCCUUAAGAAGUAAGGUUAGUAAGGAAGAAAACGACAAAGUCAUGCUUGGCUUGACAGCAGAAGAAAAGUUAUAAAUAGUUGUAGAGAUAAUUUUUCUGAGUACUUAAAGGUCUUAGUUUCGAUUGCAUCGCUUCAGACUCAGUUUGUUGCCCUAGAUGAAAUCAUUAAGAUAGUUAAUAGAAGAGUCAAUGCCUUGGAAUAUGUUGUAAUCCCAAAGAUAGAGAAAACCAUCAGUUUUAUCGAGAAAGAGUUAGAAGAACAAGAGAGAGAAGAUCUUUUCAGACGUAAAAGAAUAUCUGACAACAAGAAAAAGCUCAAGCAAACCCAAGCUGAGCAAAAGCUACCUGAGAGCUCUCAACCUGAUUGAGAAGGAGAUACCACUGAUCAUACCAAUAUGUUAGAGGAAUCAGAUGACGAUGUAGUUUUUUAGGUGCUAGUUGAAAGUAAAUUUUCA